AGCUGCCUUUCAGUGCCAACAAUCAUUGUCAGUCAGUGCUGCCUAUCAGUGCCAUCAGUGCAGCCUAACUGUGCCAGUCAGUGCUGCCUAUCAGUGCCAUAUAUGAGUACUGCCUUUCAGUGCCCAUCAGUGAUGCCUUUCAAUGCACAUCAGUGCCACCUACUAGUGCCUCCUCAUCAGAGCCCAUCAGUGCUGCCUAUCAGUGCAGCCUAUAAGUGGCCAUCACUGCAGCCUUAUUAGCAUACAUCAGUGAAGGUAAAAAAUUACUAAUUUACAAAAUUUAUAA